AUGCCCAAAGUAUACGAUGCACAGGGCACGGGUUUCGAGUUCUGCAACGCGCAAGGCGCGUCGAAGCCCCUGUCCACGCUGUGCUCGCGGCGGUUUCGUGGCAAGGCAUCAGCACCUUCCUCCGCACCCUUGCGUGUCUCCGUUGUAGUUGUUGGCCGCUCGCACGGAUCGCGCGUCGCCGUCGCCGUCGCAUCGCUCCCGCGUGGUGCCGCGUUGCUGCUCGGCCGUGCACCCCCGUUAUGCCCUUUUAUAUCUCUGCUCAAUCUUCUUUACUACGAGACGCCCGUACGGAUUGAAGUUCGCCACAGGCGGGAAAGCCCCGCACCGGGCGCGGCGCAGGCACCCCCGCACCAGGGGCGUUGCGGCACCGCCACCGUAGCGACGGGCCGUGGCGCCCAACGCCGCUGGGCAACACCGCGACCGGCAGAGCGGAGCCGCCGCUUGCCGGUGCGUCCAUCGAGCGCAGAGCGGGCGGCGCUCCCACGGGGAGCAACAAAGUGA